AUGGAAUUACUCCCGACUCUCAUUUGGACUUUCACACGAAAGGUCCGGGUAGUCUAUGCUUCCGUAGGUUUGUUGAUUGGAAUAUCAGUAUUGUUUGUAUUUGGAUAUAAGUAUUCUAACUGGGACGCAGCCUUAUGGGGACUGACUUCCGGUUUAGUGGCGGGCCUGACAUUAUUACUACAUAUCCAGUACUACAGGAAGAUUUCCAAAGGGCUCUACAUAGAACGUACUUCGCUCAGUAGACUGAUGCUGUUAGGAUGUUUUAUCCAGUUAGCGGGUGUGUGUGGCUUCGUCGUGUAUCUCACUCUAGCAAUCACACAAGGACAAGGUUUACAGAUCUAUGGUGCAGGCUACUAUCUGACCCUAGUAUGGUGUUUUAUGACAUGGAAGUGGGGAUUCAUUCUGUUGUUGUCAGCACGGAGGUAUCGCAACAAAUUUUACGAAGUUUACACAAUUUUGCCGAAAUCUGAUAAAUGUUAGUAUUUCAGAUUAAAUUUGAUAUACUGCCACCUUUCAAAACCUGACUUACAGCACUACCGCAUGUUUCAACAAGGUGCAGAAACAGUCAGGGACAUUAACUUGAGAAAUCACAUAUUUUCGUUGGUUGACAUUUAUGCUACCAAUGAAUUCUAAAAUGAGCAUUAACUGGUGCUCUGAUAUUUACUUUACUCUCUGCUUCAGCUCAAUUAGAUAAGUCAAAUUUAUGUUUUAUUGCUUUUUAUUUUUUAUAAUAUUAAUUAUUUGUACACAACACACAGGUUUAAUGAGGUCCGAUUGCAUCCUUAUAAUUACGUUAUAUAUAUAACAAUAGAAAGGAUAGUGAUGUUUAUGUAACGUGGACCCCCAUAUGGCAUCGUACACCUUUCAUUUUGAAAUAAUGGUAAUGUAAACCUCGUUAUGAUAACACAAAACUACACCUUUUCUCCAAACCUACCUAUGUUAAAACAUUCACCUGUGAAAUUCCAAGUAGCUUUUAUUAGGAUGAAUUAUUAUGGUCAAAUACGAAAUGUAGCUGUAAAAUAUUAGAUAAAGUUAUCUCUUUACUUCAUAUAGAAAGGUAGAAACGGCAACUUACAUGUAUGUGAUACAGAUAUGGUUUAGUUAUUGUUAUCUAUGAUACGUAGGUAAACACUUGUGUAUGGUAUAUAUAUAUAUAUAUAUAUGUGAUAGGUAAACACUUAUGUAUG